CCUUACUUCUAUAAAAAGGAUGAUAUUAAAUAGAACAAAUGAUCUUGCCUGAGAGCAUGCGAGAAUUUGUGACAGCCUGACGAAAUGGAGGAAUUGAAAAAGACAACAUGGCAAUUUUUAACGGGAGGACGUUUGCUUCAAAUGCAAUCCUUACAACACGGAUCGACUCCUACUAAACAAAUGAUGGAUUUCUAUACCAGGGAACUUUGGAAAUACUUGGAUUUUGCAAUAGGCACAGAGGAAGAUGUUAAAUUACGAAGAGAAAUAAACGGAGUCUAUGUGGAGGUGAUGAAUGUUAGUCAGAUAAGUGAUCAAUUCAUUUCUGGAAGUGCCGCUGAAGGAUUUAAAUUUCAUUGGAGUGAUCUUGAUAUAAUGUGGUCCUUAACAAAAGAAACUGUUGUCAUGGAAUUAGAAGGAUUGACAAACUUUAAACAUAUUAAAUUCAUUGCAAGUGACAUUGGUUGCAAACCAAGCUUCUGUAAACUUGUGCCUUAUCCUUUUGUUAGUUUAAUGAAAAGGUUUGUCAAAGUGUGUGAUGCCGAGUGUGUUUCUAGGAUAAAGUUUUUUGAAGAUUGUCACAAAUACAGCUACAAUAAAUGCACCGAUAGCACAAGUCACGGACCAUGUGUUACAUCAUACAUAUCGAGGGAAUACGAUGUUUGCUUUUGCUUUCCUAUACACCCAAUUUCCUCACAUAAGAUUUUGAGGAAUUUUUCCACAACAUUUUGGAAUGAUUUAAAGUUACGUCUGUUAGAAAAAAGUGUUACCGUGAUGCAUGUUGUUCCAAAAGGUCCCACAAACGGCGAUGUUAAAGGUAUCCAGUGGCUUAAAUCAUUCUGUGCUCUUGAGCAACACAUUAUUCAUUCACUAAAUCACGUUCAAUUCUGUUGUUAUGGUUUAUUGAAAAUUGUUAUCCAUGAUAAAAUUGAAGAACAUAGUGAAAUGUAUGACACUUUGAGUUCAUAUCAUUUAAAGACAGUUUUGUUUCAUGUUUUGGAAGAUAUACAUUCCGAUUUUUGGAUUCCAAGAAAUAUUCUCUACUGCUUUUGGAUUUGUUUUACACGCCUAAUUUUAUUUGUUAGUAAAGGUGUUUGUCCUAAUUAUUUUUUCCCAGAAUGCAACCUUUUUCUCCAGGGUACAACUUUAACGAAAAAAAGCAAAAUUGAAGAAAUUCUUUUGGAUGUCAUGAAAUCAAAGCCAUAUUAUCUUGUAAGUGUAACCAGAAUUUCAUCUCUUAAUAAUCCUGCUCGUAUGAUUCAGCAAAACCCAAAAAAAUUACGAGACCUCAUGACGUUUUCUAUGGCAUUGAUGAAUGUGAAAGGGUACCAGGGAACCUUUCAGAAAUGUAUGCUUUCCAUUGUAAAAAUAUUUCAGUUUUUAGAAAAUGAGAAAGACGAACGAAUAAUUGCGUCGCUGAAAUAUCUAUUCAUCAGUUUUAUGAAAAGAGCUGGGGUCAUUCUUUAUGAAAAGUUUGUUUUGACUGGUUUUACCCAGUACCUACUGUCUGCGGAGGCAGCCUUUAUCUUGGAACGGAAUUUUCUGGCAUCUGCAGGACUAUUUUUAGCCACACUGUGGUAUUGCCAGGGAAAAUAUAACUCUGCAAUAGAAGUGCUCUGUCAUGUUCUCGACAAAUUACCAGAUAGUAUACUCAUGUUUGUUAUUUAUAAUAGUUUCCUCUUGUGUGAUAUUGACAAACCAAGGUGUAAUAUAUCGCAUCUUUUAGAAAAAUAUUGCUCAUGGAAUAUAUCCUUUCCUAGAAAUAGCUGUUGUUAUCCCGAAGAUCUUAAAAGUGAUGUUCAUGCUUGUCCGAUGAAUGACUUCGUAAUGUAUGACAAAUCAUACGCUUUAUUUUUGAUGUUCCUUUGUCAUUUGGAGAUGGGACAUAGCAGGAAUUGUAAAAAUACACUUCGAAAACUGUAUGACUCUUACAAAGAUAUACGUUUUUGUUUGUUGUAUUCUCAAGCUCGUGAAAAUUCUGAAAAACUUGCAACGAUAGCCAAAAGAAAAUUGAAAAACAAAACAAGACAGAACACAAAGAAACAAUGUAAAACAAAAAAGAAAUGAUAAAAAAUACUGCGAUUGUUACAAUUGUUGCUUUUCUGCAGACUUAAUGAAUAAUCAUUUUUAAAGCUAUAGUUAAGUGAAUAAUGUAACAAG